GAUCCGUGGUGGUCCAAAGCACAAAUCAAGUGGCGUGGUUGCCAUAUGGCAAUGCCUAUCUUUUCGUCCUCAACUCUCCGCCAAAUGUCUGCAACCGCCGCCGUACCUGCUUCUUCAACUACCAUGUCCAUGUCUGCUGCUGCAACUUCUGCUUCCGCCGCCCAUAAACUCAAUCACAAUCAGCUCAUUGUUUCUCUUAAUGUCAAAAGAAAGUCAAUUAGUGCAUCAUCUUCCUCCUUCAUCAGCAGAUAUCCAUUCCAUUGCAACAUCUCUAGAUCCUUCCGUAAGAUCCCUAAUCCUUCUCCCAUCAGAAUUAGACCUAUUUCUCCUGUCAUGGAAUUGCAAGAUUGCACGGUGAAGAUGGAAGUAGAUGUGCCCAUUUCAGUUGCUUAUAAGUGCUAUUCUGAUCGUGAGGCUAUUCCUCAGUGGAUGCCUUUUAUUUCAUCUGUAAAGAUUUUGGAGGAUAAGCCUGACUUAUCAAGAUGGUCGCUGAAGUAUAAAGCUUUCGGGCAGGAUAUUGAGUAUUCAUGGCUUGCUCGAAAUAUGCAGCCUACCCCAAACCAGAAGAUCCAUUGGAGAUCUCUGGAGGGUCUUCCUAACAGGGGAGCUGUCCGAUUUUUCCCCAAAGGUCCAUCGUCCUGCAUCAUAGAACUAACAGUUUCAUAUGAAGUGCCUCAACUGUUAGUUCCAGUGGCAUCAGCAUUGCAACCAUUUCUUGAAAACCUGCUGCGACGAGGGUUGGAACGCUUUGCAACGUUUGCUAAGAGCUACUCAGCUGACACGCCUAAAUGAUGUAUAAACUGAAUUCACGACCAGUAAUGGCUUUUCGUCCCUCACUUUUUAUGUUGGGGGAAGAAGCACAUGGGAAUUAAAAAAGAAUUAUACAAUCAUGUGGGAUUUAAAUGUACAAAGGAUGAAUUCUGUAUUCUUACAUAUUGGAAUAUACAACCAUUGAGAAAUUAACUGUAUUUUUGAGACGCCGAAGCAGUAGCUAGGCUACUUGAAGCUGGGAAAUAUGCCCAAUUUUUUU